CAACGACAGUAGCAAAUUGUUUAAGUGCAGCCAUUACCCAAACAACAACAACAAAGCUGGCACCUGUUUUACCAACAAGUAUUGCGGCAUCGGCAGCAUUGUCGGGCAGUGUCAGUGGUGUUGGUCUUGCUGCAGGUGCUCAACAGCUGCAUGCACAGCAACAGAGUCAAGUGCCGCCGCGUCUGCAAGAAACCGCCUUACUCAUAUUAAAGCAUCAACAAUAUAGUGGACUCGGAUCUAUUCUCAGUGACACAACGAAGUCAGCAUCACCGUCUCAUAUAAUUUCGCCGUCACACUCACCGUUGCCACAAAAUAAUUCGGUUGUUUUAAAUGCUGCUUGCAUUGGCAGUUCGGGUAUAUCAAAUUGUGGUAUUAUUUGCAGCAGUGAUAGCGGUAUUUCAUCGGUCAUAUCUUCGACUCCAUCACUAACACAACUAUCGCCAUCAUCUGCAACGGUCGGUUCAACGUCAAGCACAGUUUCAUCCCUACUAAACAAUGUCGUACUCGUGACAACGACAUCAUCAAUAAUCAGCAAUAACAAUAGUAGCACUGAUGGACUUUGUAGUUCCAGUUUAAGUGGUCUCAGCAAUGGUUUAUCGACUUCAUCCACUGGCUUCUAUGGCACAAGUAUUCCGACUAGUACUGCAGCUAAUUUGCUGUAUGUCGAACGUACUUCGCCCUCCUUAACAACAAUGUUAGGCACUAACCAGCAAACAGUAAAGUCCAUUACACUAAGCCCAUUGCAUAGCUCAUCAAUUACAAAUAGUUUAUCUUCAUAUGUUGGUGUUGGUGGAACAUCAGCUAUAGCUUCAGGCAGUAGUAGUAUUGGUUGUUCCCCUGUCGCUGUUGGCAAUACUGCACAAACUUCAUCGUCAUCUCCAAACUAUUUGAAUACUAUAAAGCUAUUAGGACCAGCUGCGUCUAUUGAUUUAGGUACUUCACCAUUGACGCAUCGUAAUUAUAGCUCAUUAAAGGGUUAUGCAUUCCGUCGCAGUUUCGAUGAUAAAAUCAUUAAUCCUCCAAUAAGCAGCCAAAAUCAACCGACUUAUUUGUCACACUUGCCAACUCAACCAUUAUCAGUUCAUUACCCACAACAAAUGCCUCCUGUCUAUCCGCAUUUUCAUCAUCCACAUACACAUUCACACACACAUACACAUGCUCAUCAUCAUAUGCAUCAUACGUUGGGAUUUCAUGGUGGUACCGCUUCACCAUCACAUCACUCCAACGCAGCCAAACAUGGAGCAUUCUAUCCACUAACUUCAUCGCAAUCCUCAACCAAACUUACCUAUCGCGACGACUUUCUACAACAAAUUGGCUAUUUGCCAACCACACGCAUUUUUAGUACCAGCAUCGAUGAGGAUAAAGCACAGCAAGAUUUUUUAUCGUUGUCACUUUCGCCACCAUUAAAUAGACGCCGGGAUAUGCCAGCAUUAAAUCGGCCAUUCGUUAGCCUUUCUGAACCACGUGGUACUCUUAGCACAACAGAUGAAAUUUUUCCCAAUUCUCCGGAUAGCAGCCUUUACGGCUCAGACGAGGAACAGGAAGAUCCUUCCCAAUAUUGUCGUGGCGGCUAUCAUCCGGUUGUUAUUGGGGACAUAUUUGACAAUCGCUUUCGUGUUGUGCGGAAAUUGGGUUGGGGUCAUUUUUCAACUGUGUGGCUUUGUAGGGACUUGAAAGAUGAGAAAUACGUGGCCUUAAAAGUUGUUAAAAGUGCACCACAUUACAUCGAAACCGCAGCUGAUGAAAUACGACUAUUAGAAGCUAUACGUGAUGCAGAUCCAUUGGAUGGAAAACGAGAACGUAUCGUUUCUUUACUAAAUCAUUUCACUGUGCGUGGUGUAAAUGGUAUUCAUACGUGUUUAGUGUUUGAAGCCUUGGGUUGCAGUCUUUAUAAACUAAUAGUUAAAAAUAAUUAUUUUGGUUUGUCUAUACCACAAGUACGUAAUAUUAUCAAACAAGUCUUGGAAGGUUUGGAUUACUUGCAUACCAAAUGUAGCAUUAUACAUACUGACAUAAAACCAGAGAAUAUAUUACUAGUUAUAGAUAAUGCAGCCGCAAUGAAUCAACAAAUUGAUGAUGAAAUUAACAGUUUACGUGUUAAAGGUGCCGAUUUUCCUGACUCAUAUAUCAGCUCCAUCGAAAAACAAACGAAAUCUCGUGCUAAAUGGCCACUUAUCGAUACGAACACUUCAAGUACCAGCACAAAUACGGCAAAUAAUUCUACGUCCUCAACACCAUUACCACCACUCGUGGUUCCGAAUACUGCUAUGACCUCUUCUGAUGAGACUACAUCAAUUUUAAACACAAAUACACCAUCUUCGUUGGCGUCCAAAUAUUCUAGCCUUGUUGGCGAUAGCGAUGGUGGUGGUGGAAGCGGUGCGGAUAUAAUUGUUGGUAACUCAUCUUCAGGAAAUAUAAAUAAUCGUUAUCGUGCCGCCGAAAAGAAAAUCACUGCCAAGUUGCCCACUGAUUGUAUUGGUACUGAUAAAGAAUCAACUAAAGCUAAUGCCAUUCCGCAGACCCACUCCUAUACGAAUGCCAUACAGACGCUGAUCAACAACACGAAUGUCCGCGUUAAAAUUGCCGAUUUGGGAAAUGCUUGCUAUGAUGUAAGUUAUGAAUUUUUUUGACCAAUCACUCAUUGCAUGCACACCAUCCAUCCAGCACAG